CUCUCCCAAAAUGCGUGAUGAGCAAACUGAUCCCCGAAGACAAUCGUGACCCGAACAACAGACCUGUCUGUUGCGCCAGGCAUUCGACCAUUACCUGCGCAGGUACCUCUUCCCUGCCUUGCAUUACCGUGCCGUAAAGAUCCCCAGUGAUGGCGGGGAACAGAACACGCGGGUCCGGCUACGGGUCCGUGGGAGGUGCGGCUGGAGAGGAAUACCGAGCAGGGGCUGACCUACCUGGCUCCUCCGGACCCAGCAGCAGGCAGCGGCGAUGGCCGUUGUUACGGCUGGGCGUCGCGUCGUUCGCCGUCGUCGCGGGCGUGGGCUUGUUCAGCGCGUCUCGGCUGCCCAGCUCCACCGCUCCUACUGCAGGAGAUCAACUGAUCGAUUCCCCGUCCGGCGGCGGCAACCAGAACCUGGCGCAAGACGCCGUAACAACACCAGGAAGUGAUUCACCGCAUGUGUCCGGCGGCACAACGGGAGCGGCGGGAGGCGACAGCGGGGGGAUGGAUCUAUCCUUCAUUGCUUCGAACGAGUACACGCGGCGAGGCGAUAUCAUUGGGCUGGGCUACCCUUGGCUUCAGGACCGGAUUCUGGUGGAGCCCUUUCGAACCACGACCCUGGAGGUGGUCUCUCCGAAAGAAGGGAUGGUGUACUCGUGGACGGUCAGGCCGGUGACCGAGGUCGACGAGCAGGAGGAGACGCCCGCGGAGUACGCCGGGCCGUCGGUCGACGUGGUGUUCGAGCGGGCGCCCAAGUACCAGGUGGUUCUAGAGGAGCGGGCGAGCGGGAGCGGUGGAGGGGACGCCGGGGAGGAGGCGGCGGUGGUCCGGAGCUCGGAUGUCGAGGUCUUCAGCAAGUACGUGCGGAGAGAGAUCAGGUCGCUCUUCGACGACGAGCGGGACCAGAUGUUCGAUGCCAUGAAGGUGCUGUGGGACGUGGGCAUCGACGAAGGGAAGGUGUUGUACGGACCGGACUACCUGGAUGUGUGGACCAUCGAUCAGUUCCACCAAAUCGGAGCGUCGGACCUUGACUGCGAUCACCUUCACGACGGCAUCGGAUUCGGCGUCACUCACUCCAUGGUGACGAUGAUGUUCGAGAACAGCCUGCAGCUGGUGAACCCCAUGCUCAGCUUGCCCUACUGGGACUUCACGAUCGAGGGCGCCGUGAUCGACCGCGAGUUCGGCGGCGACUACACCAGGCUGACUGAGGCCUCUCCCCUUUGGACUGCGGACUGGUUCGGCGGCGUCGACAAGAGGGAUUACCAGGUGAAGGAUGGGCGCUGGGGCUCCAUUCCGGUACCCAUUGUCGACGAAGACAAGCGCAACUACCUGGGUGCGGACGUCUACGGACGAAUGCGGUCUCCCUGGAACGUCAACUCCCGGCCUUACCUGACGCGCGGGCUGGGAGAGAUGUGCGGGCUCGACAGCACGGAGUUUUACUCUUGGCCUGGAUGUUCUAGCCACUACGACCUCCAGGACAAGUUCAACUCGUACUACGGCUACACGUGGUGGUCUCAGUACGGCCCCCACGGUCCCGUCCACGUCUGGGUUGGCGGCAACGUCGACUGCAAGAAAAAUCUCGACAAGGUUAUGGCCAUCGUGGGAGAGGAGUACCGGUUGAGUAUGUCCGGGUACUUGUUCGUGAAGCGCAAGGACAUGUUCCGCGACGCCGUGUUCAAGUGCCGGGGCUUCGCAGACUUCAGCGUGUCGGAAGAGGACGUCAUGACUAGCGGGCAAUGCGGCUGCCUGGACUACGACCUCGUCGAGGGCGACGACUACAAGAAGGUCUGGACCGCGUUCACGUCGUUCUACACGUUCGACCAGGAGUUCACAGAGGAGGAGAUGAGGAUAUUGGCCACGCAAUGGUGCAACGGAGAGGUCGGGAUGGGCGAGUCCUCCCAGUCGAGCAGCCCGCUCGACCCCACCUUCUGGUCCAUGCACCCGACCAUGGAACGACUCUUAGUUUUCAAGCUCCUCGCUGGAACCUUCACUGACUACUCGUGGCCCGACGAAGUUGGGUCGUGGGUUGGCAUGGACGGUGUGGAGUACGACGUCAUCAUUUCGACGCGCUCUGAUACGUGCAACGGUCACCGAGGCAGCGACAUCUUCCCGUACGGCAUCAUGUCCGACGUCAUCACGCCGCAGUUCACUUUCUACGGCAAGAAGGCCCCGAACACGAUGCAAAACCGGAUGCUUAUCAAGCUCUUUGACCCCAGCGAGAACGCCCUGCCCUUCAUCUACGACAACUUCGAGUGGUCGCACUGCUCCGAAAUGGGCUACGACUUCUCCGACUUCUUCGACACGAGCACCAUGAAGUCCGGCCCCAAGGGCACCGCAGCUUCCGAGGAGGAGAAGAGCAAGACCACCCGUGUCGAGGGCUUCGGGCUGUUCGAAAAGGGUGACAUCCACCUGCAACCAGGCUUCGACCCGCCCGCGGCGGUGAAGAAGAUCCUCGUGGAGCGAGAGGAGAGGCUCAAGCGGCAGCAGCAGCAGCAGCAAGAAGAGACGAAGCACGUCUGAGUAGGGUCCAUCCCGAGAAGAGACGAUGGUGGCGAUUUGUGUCUUUCUCCCGGGCCAGCCACUGGCGCGAAAAGCUGUCGGGGGGGGGCAGGGGGGCUUGCAGGGUAAUGAUUUUUCAUGUCUCGCUACACCCACCUUACUUUUGAUGAUGUCAUGCGAGGGUUACGGUGGGGGACCUGGUAUCAAGGCGAUGAGCACGGCACGGAAGUUUGAUCUUUCUUUCGUUGCUGUUGUCGUUUGCUCUCGUUUCUAUAUUAUGUGCGUGCUAUUCCGCGCGUUUCUUGCCGUUUUGUGUGUCCUUGGUGUCCUGGGCCUGCUUGAUGCCAGCGUUUUCUCGUUCGUGUUUGGGGCUCCUAUACCCCUUCGUGUUGAGCAUCCCGGUGAGUGGUAAGUGGUGCUCGUUUGUGCUUUUCGGAUGUAGCAUUGCAGUUUUGUAUCCUGAAGGUCAUGCUUUCACGCGUGAGUCGGGCGGCUCGCGUGUUUUUUUCUUGUCGGUUGGGAGGCCGACGUCUGCCGACGUCGUCACGCUCUUGUAGCGACUGGUUCUACUGUUGUUGCUGCUGCCGGUGUCGCAGCAAAUUUGAUGGGUAAUGGCGUGCGGAGGUAGGCUACACACUGCUUGCUUUCGUUUUUCACGGUCACCGAACGAUUUGCAUCUCCGCACGUUGGAGGGGGGGCGCGGGCGGGGUUCAGAAGCGGGAAAAUCCCGCCUGAAACGCCCAUGGUCUUCCAAGAUUUUGACGCUGCUCUCGGCCGGAGUGUAGUCGGCGCUUCGUGCGUCCUCUAGGCAUCAUCACCGCUGGAGGCGGCGCGUGUGAUGCUAGAAUCGGGAAUGUUCACCUCAACUCGCGGUUGAAGGGGGUUCCUAACUCUAUUUUCGGGUGGGCGAAGCAUGAUACCCGGCGCAUGGGUAAAUGAUACUUCCAUAACUCUGGAAAAGUCUUGGGGCUCCUUUCUUAUGCGUUGGUUUGACACUCUCCCGUUGUUGGGAAGCUGCAACGUGCGCUGGGGGCAUGACAGGAGAGUCAGCUUUGUUUUUCAAGUGAAGAUGCGUUGUCGGCCGCAUCUGUUGUAUCUCUGUCGACGGUGUUUGUAAUGGCGAGGUUUGCGAGCCGCCGUCCUCCGGCAUGCGCAUACAUUAGGGUUCUUUUUCUGUUUCGUCGUCAGGCCUUUUUUCUGUCGUGCCGUAUCCAACACAUUUCAUGUUUUUUCUUUGAUUCUACCGGUUUCUAUGGCUCACAAAUGUUGCAAGAAAAGUUGCAGUUCUGCAACUUUUCUCGCAACAUUCCAAAUGUACGCCCAGUAUGGGAGCAAAAAAAAGUUGCACAAAAAGUUUUGAAACUUUUCUCGAUGAGCAAAAAGUUGCGAUCUGGCCAAAAAGUUUUGCAACAUUUCCCGAGUCGGGAAGGCGCGAGAAAUGUUGCACGGCGGGAAUUAUACCGGUUCGGGUUUGUUGUUGUAUUAUUUCCGCCGU